GCAAGCUGGACUGGCGGGACUGGGUGUGCCCGGGGUGCAUUCGCUGUGAGGCCUGCCAGCGCUACGGGGAGCCGUCGUCCAUCGUGUGCUGCUAUCGCUGUGACAGGGGCUACCAUGUGGCAUGCACUCAGCUGCACACCAAGUCGCCCUUCAAGGGUCCCUUCGUGUGUCCCAGCCACACGCAGUGCCACAGCUGCGGCUCCAAAGUGCCGGGCAGUGGCACGUCCUCGCGGUGGUUCUUCAACUACAUGCUGUGUGACGCCUGUGGCCGCCUCUUCGUCAAGAAGAAGCACUGCCCCGUCUGCCUCAGGGAAAGCACUGCUGGGGAGGGUGCAGCCCGGGUGGGGCAGCCCGGGUGGGGCAGCCUGGGUGGGGCAGCUGGGGUGGGGCAGCUGGGGUGGGGCAGCUGGGGUGGGGCAGCUGGGGUGGGGCAGCUGGGGUGGGGCAGCUGGGGGGUAGGUGCGGCAGGGGGAGAUAAAGUGCAGGUGAGGUAUGCUCUUGGUGGCGAAUCAUCAUUGCCAAGUCCCGUGCUUCAGGGUAGGUGGAGUGGGGCAGCUGGGGUGGGUGCAGCUGGGGCGUGA